GCUUGUGGUGUGCUUAUUCCCCAUUGGCUAAUUUGGGAAAUAGGUAAUAAGAUAGGUGUGCAGUUCUCUAGUGAUGAGGUACCUCACUUUUACAUUUUCUUCCAUUUGUUCCUCAAAUCAGAAAUGAUUUCAGCAGAUAUGAAAAAGCCGCCGCUCAUUAUUAUGGCAGCAGCGCUCAAGGAGAAUGGUGGCAUUGGUUACAAUAAUGCACUUCCAUGGAAUAUACCCGGAGAUUGGAAGUAUUUUGAGGAAACCACUACAAAAUCUUACGGUGAUGUCGUUUUCGAUAAUGUUAGAAGCUCAACGGAUUGGAAUAAUAUAGUUAUCAUGGGCCGUCGAACAUUCGAGGCUCAUCCAAUGUUAGGUGUACCAUUGGCUAAUAGGUAUAACAUCAUCAUAUCUGGAAAUAAGGAUUAUAACGUCGGUGUUUCAUCCAAUGUGGAGUUGACAACGAGCUUGGAAGAAGCAAUUGCCCGAGCUUAUGCAUUAUCCAAGGAUGAUGGAUACAUAUUCAUUCUCGGAGGUGAAGAAAUCUAUAGACAAAGCCUGUUACUUCCUGAAUGCACGCAUUUAUUGAUUACGGAAAUACACAGUUCUACUAGAAUCCUUUGCGAUAGAUUUAUACCCGAAAUUGACCCCAAAGUGUUUCGGCUGGCUCAACAUGAAGAAUUAAAAACGUUUUUGAAAGAUAAAAAUAUUCCGUUUGGCAGGCAAAAGUAUCAGCACUUCGAAUACGAAUUUGUCCUGUAUAUCAGGAAAUAAUAAAUAAUUUAGACAUAGGACGAUGCAUUGC